AUGGCCGACGUGACGCCAUGCGCGACGUCGUCGUUGUUAACUGCGACGGCCCUCGAGCGGGAGCACGUGCACAAAGUGUACGACCUCAUUGCCCCGCACUUUAGCCACACGCGACACCACCCGUGGCCUCAAGUGACUGCGUUCCUGGCGAAGUUGGACCCGCGUGCCCUCGUGGCGGAUGUCGGCUGUGGGAACGGCAAGUACCUGCACGUGAACCCCUCGCUGUGUGUCAUUGGCGCCGACCGCAGUAUCCCAUUGAUGCGAGUCGGAGCUACGAGCGACAGCAAUUUGGUGGCGAGUGACGCGCUGCAAGUACCGUUUCGGACCAGAGUCUUUGAUGCAGCAAUUUCCAUUGCUGUGCUGCACCACAUAUCCACACGAGCGCGUCGCGUGGCUCUGAUCAGUGAACUGGCCCGCAUCGUGCGAGUCGGCGGCCACGUACUGAUUGUCGCGUGGGCAUUUGAGCAGGACGAGAACUCGAAGCGCCGCUUUGACCAACAGGACGUCAUGGUGGAGUGGAAGCUGCAGCAGAAGUAUGCAAAGGACGAGGAAGACAGUGGUGCAACUGCAUCGCAUGGGCAGAUUGAUCACGAGAAGCGCUGGGUGGUGUACAAGCGAUACUGCCAUUUGUAUCGUAGUGGUGAGCUCGAAGCGCUGGUCGAACAGGUGCCGGGUCUUCGGCUGAUAUCGACCGAGUACAGUCGAUCGAACUGGUGUCUGCGUCUCGAGCGCAUUGCUUCCUAG